GGAGAACAGAAAAGGGGGGAAAAUGUUUCCCAGCGCUUGGAAGUUGCACACUGGGCUGUUGAAUUGCGCGCUGUGCACGCGCUCGGUACUCGCGCGCUCUUUUGUAGCCGUUACUGAACCGAGCCCCAACUUUCCACCCUGUCAGUGUACCGACUCAACACCGAGAGCUGGAGCGGAAAGCUCGGGUGUCAAUAAUGCUCGCUGCAAAGCGCUAAGCGGAAGCGAGUUGACAGCCAUAUGAUUAUAUCUGCAGUCAGAAACCGAACCGCAAUUGAAACAAGAUCAGAAACAACAACAUAUUCGAGGGAGGAACACAAGCGGAGCGUCCAGUCGGAUCCUGAAUCACUUUACGCGCGGUCAAUUGCAGCUGAGAACCGAAUCAGGAGUCGGUUCGGGGAGCUGUCCACACUCCUUAGGGUUUAGAAGAUUAAAAAAAAGGGGUCAAUAUUUCCGGAAACUGGUGAGUGAUUCUUCAGUUUUAGAGUGACGAGGUAGAUCCAGAUGACUUGGGUGUGAGACAGUGAUCUGGAGGGCGGGCGGUUGAUGAAACCCUCCCACAAACCUUUUCCACUCUCCUUCUAAGCUCCUCCCAGAGCCCUGUCUCCAUGGCGAUGAGCAGCGACCCCGGCUACGGGGGACCAGAGUUCGAGCCCGACUCCGACUCCACCUCCUCAUCCCCAGUGCCUCUCUCCGCCAAGAUGGCCGCCAUCACCUUAACUGACCCUUCCCCCAACGGGCUGAGAAAUGGGGCGGGGCUUAAGAGGGCUCCACCCCAAAGGCCACACCUCUCCGGCAGGAAGAUGUCACUUCAGGAGAGAGGGACCUACCUGUCAGCAGGGGGCGGAGCCGAGCGCAUCUCUCACAUUUCACCACGUGCUGCACGACGGCCAACUAUCGAGUCCAAGCGGGUGUCCAUUUCAGACUCGCAGGACUGUAUCCAGCUUAACCAGUAUAAACUGAAGAGUGAAAUCGGGAAGGGUUCCUACGGUGUGGUCAAACUGGCCUACAAUGAGGAUGACGAAAAGUAUUAUGCAAUGAAAGUGGUAUCCAAGAAGAAGCUGAUGAAGCAGUGUGGAUUUCCACGUCGUCCUCCCCCUCGAGGCCCUAAAGCAGCUUUGGGGGAACAGCCUAAAGUGCUUGGACCCCUUGAGAGGGUUUACCAAGAGAUCGCCAUCCUAAAGAAGCUGGAUCAUCUGAACAUAGUCAAACUAGUGGAGGUGCUGGACGACCCAGCCGAGGACAACCUGCACAUGGUGUUUGAGCUAAUGCAGAAAGGCCCAGUGAUGGAGGUGCCUACAGACAACCCUUUAAGCGAGGAGCAGGCGCGUCUCUACUUCAGAGAUAUUGUCCUGGGCAUCGAGUACUUGCACUAUCAGAAGAUCGUCCACCGGGACAUCAAGCCUUCGAAUCUGUUGCUCGGAGAUGAUGGCCAUGUGAAGAUUGCUGAUUUUGGUGUUAGUAACCAGUUCGAGGGUAACGAUGCCUUGCUCUCCAGCACGGCAGGGACGCCGGCUUUCAUGGCCCCAGAGACUUUGUCUGACAACCGCAAGAGCUUCAGUGGAAAGGCUCUUGAUGUGUGGGCCAUGGGAGUGACACUGUACUGCUUUGUAUUUGGGAAGUGUCCUUUUAUCGACGAGUACAUCCUGGCGCUGCAUAACAAAAUCAGGAGCAAGCAUGUGGAGUUCCCCGAGACGCCAGCUAUCAGUGAAGACCUGAAGAAUCUGAUCCUGAAAAUGCUGGACAAGAGCCCUGAGAACAGGAUUACCAUUCCUCAGAUUAAGCUGGACCCAUGGAUCACACAGGAUGGCACUGACCCAUUGCCUUUAGAAGAAGAACACUGCACUGUGGUGGAGGUCACAGAAGAAGAGAUUCAGAACUCGGUCAAGUUUAUUCCCAGUCUGUCUGCUGUGAUCCUGGUGAAGGCCAUGCUGCGGAAGCGCUCUUUCGGGAACCCAUUCGAAUGUCCCAGCAGGAGGGAAGAAAGGUCCAUGUCUGCCCCAGGCAGCCUGCUCAUGGACUCGUGGCCAUUUCGUCCCUCACUUAAACUCCACCCUUCUUUAAGAAAAGGUAGCAGCGGUGAAGCUGGGCGAGAAGUGGAGCUUGAGGACCUGCGUGAAGAUGAGCCGGCCUCCUCUGACGAUCGCUCAUAAGCGUAUGUGUUUAUCAGCCGUAAAUCCCGCCCUUUACGCAUUCCUACUAUAUGGACAGAUGUAAAUCUCUCUUCAACGUCACAUCAACAUCACCUUCAGAGAAGCUAAAUGAGCACCAACACCACCAUAUAUUUAUUCCCAACUGCAUUCGAAUUCUUUAAUGAAGUGUCUUAUUCCAAAGCCUUUUGACGAUGGUGGUUUGGCCAGAUCCUGCUUUGUGAUUAACACAUCGAUCCUAGCAUUUUGUCUGAGUAUUGCUCCUCCUCUUGCCACACCCACUGUGCAAAGCCACUCCCCCUGCCACCUUCAGUGUGGCACAGAGAAUUUGACGGAACAUUUAACGAACAUCCAGUUUUGUUUUAUAGCUAAGCUUUAAAGACAAUUCACAAAAUUCUUUAUUUCUUUUUUCCCUUAUGCUCUACGCACACAUUCCUGCCCAUUUUUCACAAAUCGAGAUUGAAAUCUUAAAUGGUAAAAAAAAAUUUUUUUUUUGAUGGUAUGAUCGAAGGACAAACAUUACGGAUGGACAGCCAGAGGGAUCGAAACUCUAAGGACAUUUUCUUAGACGUGAAAGAAGGGACGAGAAGCAUUUUGUACAUGUGUAAUGUAAUAUUGAUGUUGUCCUGCCUUGUUAUGCUUUGCAUACUGCUGGAAUAUUUGUUGUACACAGGGCCGGUUUUGGACUGCUUGCCAUUUUGGCACACACACACACACACACACACACACACACACAUACACACAGAUUAAAGAUUGUGUUUUUUAUUCAAGUGGUCAAAACUCAGCCACUAUGAGAGGGCUAUGAUAUUCUCACACAAGCACACAUUUCAGAAUAGGGCUAACAUGCAGGCGUUAGAGGGCUCCACACACACACACACACACACACACACACACACACACACACACACACACACACACAGAGCUACAAAUCACUAGCACAAUGGAUGAUGGUGAAUGUUGCAAAUCCUCCAUUUAGUAUCACAGAAUCCAUAUCAUGUGUCACAAAGUGAGAGGCUUUUUCUCUCUCUGUCCCCCCCUCUCUCUCGCUCUUGCUCCUUCUCUUUCUCUCUCUCUCUCUCUCUCUCACACACACACACACACACACACACACACACACACACACACACACACACACACACUGUUGCUGAGUCUGAAUAUGGUGAUUAACAUCCAGCCCAGCACAUCGCCUGUUAUUCAAAAUUAACGCAUUCUCUUUGUCCUGGAUUACAUUUGUACAACAAAUGAAAUCAUUUUUCACAGGAACAGCAGGCUGCUGAUAAUCAACCAUUUUUAAUUGGCCGCCAUUUAAAUUGGAUUCCAUGCAGUUAAGAAGCAAUAAUUCCUUUUUUUCCUGAUCAAAUGAAUAUUGCAGUGAUGUCCCUUGAUGGUGCCAGUCAUAACAACUGAUAAUUAAACAGUGUGCAUGUUUUCUCAACAUGAUUUGUUUUAUUAUAAACUGUUAGACUUCUGCAUAAUUAAAAGCAGGCUAUUCAUCCCAGGAAAUAUAAUGUGGAGAGCGGGUUGUCAAGCUUUCGGCAGACAGGGGCCGCUUCCAGAGUAAUCACAGUGACGUCUGACCCGAAAUAUUAAACACAUCAGAUCAAGGUGUAGCCACAUAUUUAUUUGCUGUUUAAUUGUCACUAUUAAUAACAGCACUUUUCAUUAUAUUGUUAUGAGUUUGAACGUCACCUGAUGAAGAUGGCACGUAAGAGUGAUUCAGGACCAAUCUCAGAGCAACUCUAAACAAGGAAAAUAGAGAGGAGGCGGGACUUAACACGUUAUUAGGUAUGACACAGUCUUUUGAAGACUGUGAUUGGUUGUCCAAUAAAAACAAAAUAGAAGCGUUUUUAAAAUCUGGUCUGUUAUAAACCCUUACUUUGUCUCUAUGUUAAGAUAUUUGAGGUUACAUCGUGUAAGGAUUGCAUUCGUGAUCGAUCGUAUUAGAGAUGCGUUAACUUCUGUAUAAAUUUUAUCUUUACUAGGAUCUGCUUUUUAAAUUUAAGGGAAUUUGCUUAGAAUUUUUUCACUUCAGCAAGUCUUUGCACUAAGAAAUUUUACGGAUACAGGCCACUUUAAAUCACUUUGAUUCACUACAUGACCCAUGUUUGAUUGCACAAUGAUAGCAAUGCAGCAGGGCUUUAGUCCUCUGUCCAGCACUUCUUAUCUGUCCAGCUCUUUCACCUCCUACUCAUCUGUUCCAUUACUUCAUCUUUAAUGCCCUAAUGCUAAUCCUGGCGUUAGCGACAUCGUUCUUGUCAUCUCAUGAAUCGCCAACUAGCUCAGCCACUAGCUACAUGCAUUCAGGAAUUUAAAACUGAUGAUUACUGUCACCUCUACUUACUGGAUUUCUCAGUAAUGUGACACUGAACACUGCUGCAGAAUGCUGAGUGAGAGACUAAACACUUUCUCUCUUGCUUCGGGGAGCUAACAGUAAAACCUGCCGGCUCUAUAAUAAUCCAUGAUCACUUAUGCUUGAGAUCGUUUACAUUUUGUCUCUUACUGUAUUGUAGCUACAGUACAUCUCCCUGCUGACAAACAUAUGGCACCAACCAACAGCACCAACAUCACUAAGCAGACUGCAUGUAUAAACAUAUACACUGGGGUUCGAGGAGUUUUUCUUUAAGCUUCAAGUGUUUGAGACUAGGGUUCGAAUAAUACAUUAAGAAAAAGUUACUUGGAGUUACAUUUAAAGCUACAGAGCUUAUGAAGGUUUUCUCUGAGUCCUGCCCUGUCUUAGGCAAAUAUUAUUUUUAACCCUGGGCUUCGGUUUGCCAGGUUUUUCUUGAACAGAAUCACUGCAGAAGGAUUUUAAUCAAUAAGCCGAUGAAUGAUUGAGAAGAUGAACACCACUGAAAUGAAUAUCUAAUAGUCUAGUCUACUAGAAGUGUAGUGCAGCAUCGCUAGUCCUCGUCAUAACACUAAAUCACUGCAAAUUUGCUUUAUCUAUUAAUAUGGGCUCAUUAAUUGGCAGGUGCAUAAACGAUAGCCAAGACAAUGUCUGUAACUUCUUACUGUAACGCCACAUCAAUGCCUUGAGGUUUCUGGACUCCAUUUGUCGGUUGUUAGAUAGAGAAGAAAGCCUGCAUAUUAUCCCUAGUUACAAUAUAUUUGUUUAUGAUUUGUUAUGGCCACCAUUGAUGUGUUAUAUACAUUUGUGACAGUAACAAUCUUUUGUAUUGUUCUCACUGGAUAUUUGUUGGAGAGGUGUGAGUUUCCAUGUUUCCUUGGCUCUCUGGAUGACAUCGAUUCUUGUGUUUGGUGUUCCUUAAAAGAUGGUGUUUUCCUGUUGUUACCCAUUAUCCUGACACCCUACUUUCUCUCUCUUUCUCUUUCUGUCACUCAGACACUUUUAAUUGUGUGUGUGUGUGUGUGGCAGCUAAAGCAGGUACGCAUACACUCCAGUGGUUUUUGGAUGCACCAUAUGGAAAUGUACAGAAGUCACUUUAAAAUCUCCUACCAGAACACAGCAUGUGGGUUCCAAAAACGUAAUGCACGUGUCCCCUUCUUGUUAAUGUUUACUAUGCACUCAUAUGUUGUUUGUACGUUGUGUAUGUACGUGGCAUACGGCAUGUCCGUGACCUCAGUAUAACAUUUAAAAUCAGCUCUACUAUCAGGUGCAGUAUACUAAUAACCGUGAUAUGACUCAAGUAUCUUAACAUGGUAUGACUCAAGGAUAAUAAUGAAAAAAAGAAAUCCCUUUAACACAUAAUGACAAGCUAAUGUGUGUGUCCUGCUCUGAUGUUUAUUAUUCUUAUAUGGAUGCUUUAUAGUGGAAGAAAAUGAACAGUGAUCUGUUAUGUAGUCAUAGGUUACAUUUGUGCAGUGCCUCAGUUACAUAUCUCUCACACACACACACACACACACACACACACACACACACACACACACACACACGUCACAGUAGUUGUGACAUCAUGAACUGUACAUUCUUAGCUUAUGAGUUCAGAGGAGAAUAAAUGUGCGUAGUGCAUGGUGUCUCCAUAAGUUGCACUGGGAAACACUACAUUAUUACAAAACAUACUUUGGGAUGCUUUACAUUGUUUUUACAAUUUUUUUAUUUUAAUUUUUUUGCUAGUAAAAUAAGAUUCAGCACCUGGUCACUUUUUAUGUUAGCUAGACUAAGGCUGCAUUCCAAUACUGAAUUUGACACACCCUGACUGACUUCCCCUUAUCCUUGUCCCUGCUUUGUCCUUGUAAAUGUUAGUCCACUUUUAAGAUCAUGUUCCCCAGAAAGACAAAGAAGACAAUUAAACUAGAGGUAAAUUAAAAUAUUAGAUGACAAGUUGGAGGGAUUGAUUCAAUUGCCAGGUCCCGGCUGCAGCACUAAGCCCUGUUAUUCGGUCAUCCCCCAUAUUUCCACUUAGGUGACAUUGUCAAGAGAUAAUCGAUUGACAGAUUAAAAGUAUAACAGCAACCUUUUGAAGAGGACUUUGUAUGAAUUGUGGUCGCUCUCCUCACUCAAACUCUUGACACAUUAAGCAAUACCAUUUAAAUUUUUUUCUUUGUGUUCGGUUCAUAAUCAUUCCCAGUUCACACAAAUUUAAAUUGUACAUUGUUUUGAUUUAGCAUAUCAGCUGAUUGCAUGCAGUAGCUUCAUGUAAAACAGAGUGUAGGCAGUUAUUAGCUAACUGAAUAAAUUAGGUUUAAUCAGGCUUUUGUUUGUUGCAGAUAAGCUUGCACUUUAAUGCUACUUAGUGAGAAUUUAAAUUAGUAAUGAAAGUCAAUUUGGGAUUCUAACUCUAAAUUGAGUUUGAAUAUGUUUUUGUUUGUUGUUAAUUUUAAUGUUGCUGUUUUCUUACUCUGUACAGUUCCAUUGUUUUUUAGAGUGGUGAUUCAGUGGUCUUUACAAAUUGGGUUUGGGGACUUCUCUGGAGUCUGCCUUGAAUGAGAGAGCAGAGAGGAUACUGAGCAAAUGUCUGUAACCUAAAAAAUGUCGGAUUGUAUGUUUACCUCACAACUCCAGUUUUGGGGGUUUGAAUCUUGCCUCUGUGUGGAGUUUGCAUGUUGUCCCUGUUUCCUCCGGUUGAAAGUGAUGCACUAUAGGCUGAUUGGUUUCUCUAAAUUGUCCAUUAUGUGUGUGUGGUUGUUCCCUAUGAUAGACUGGCAUCCUGUGCAGGGUUGACCCUGCCUUGUGCCCCAAAUCUCCUGGGAUUCUUCGUGACCCAGUAGAAUUCAUGGUGUGGAGAAUGGAUUCAUGGAUAAACAGAUACACUUCACUGCCAAACAUGUCUUAUAAUCUUCUGAGCCUUCUUGUUACCUAAUAGCUAGGAUAUCUUUAUUCCAAUACUCUCAAAACCAAUAGCAUGCUACUCAGAACGUCAGCUAAUUAACGUAUCACUUGUUUAGCCUCGCUCUUGAUAGCUCAGUCGAUAAGAAUAAAUAUAAUUCACCAUCAUCGUGCUUUCUAAUAAGGGCUACGUUUUUCCAUAUUAAAUUCUACCCAUGAUGUAUUCUUUAGCAGACGAGGGUGUGUUGAACACGGUACUGAAAUGCAGCACAGGUCUUUUGGAUCCAAAGCAUUUAUGGUUGUAGAUAUCUUUCUAUUCUUCAGUGUGUGCAAGACAAAGUUUCAGAGAGAUUUAUCUCUAAAUACUAAGAACUGCAAUUUCUCAUAUAUAAUUGUCUAAUUUCUCUUUGCUUGUGUGACUGUUGUUGUCGGUUGUUACAUGGCUGUCUGUAUUCCUGUGCAUUAACCUGAAUGUACUUAUUAAAAUUGUCACAAAAAAAGCAUGGCACAAAAAAAUAUUGAAUGCAGCUUAUUACUAUGUACAUAUGUACCAAAAAUAUACAAAGAGGCUAUUUUUUGCAUGCUUUUUGUACAUUUAGACAAAUUCAAGGACAAUAAAGAGCUGAAAACCAA